AUGGGAGAGCAUAAUCUGCUGAAUCCCGGCUUUGUGGGACCGCUGGUCAAUAUUCACACGGGCGACACCUUCUAUUUCCCCAAUUUCAGGACCUCAGGGGGGCAGUUACCUGGGCUGCCCUCCUUGUCCUAUCCUAGAAGGGACAAUGUCUGCUCCCUGCCCUGGGCAUCCACAGAGCCCUGCAAUGCCUACCCACAGCCCUAUCUCAGCAGCCCCAUUAACCCUUCCUACAGCAGAGCCUGUGAUUUAUCCAGGGUGCAGGAUGCCAAGUGCUACUACCGGGAAGCAUGCCCUGAUGCCCCCGACCUGAAGAGAGAGGAGCGCCUGAGAGACACUAAUGUCCUGAUGCCCCUGGACGGAGGGAUCCCUAAUGGCAUGGGCGCCAGCACUUUUCAUAAAUACGACUAUGGGGCAGCAGAUGUCACCCCUCACGACCCUCCAUCCUGCCAGUCCUUGGAGUCUGACUCCAGCUCGUCCCUGGUCAAUGAGACCCCCAAGAAUCAGAGCAGUGAAGCGGUGACAAUGACUUCUCCCACUACCAACCCUGGCAGCAGCAGCCUCCCAUCCACUGGUGCCCCCUGGUACCCCAUGCACACCAGAUCUCGCAAGAAGAGGAAGCCAUAUUCUAAGCUCCAGUUAGCUGAAUUAGAAGGAGAGUUUAUGGUCAAUGAAUUUAUCACCAGGCAAAGGAGGAGAGAACUGUCUGACCGACUGAGUCUCAGUGACCAGCAGGUCAAGAUCUGGUUCCAGAACCGAAGGAUGAAGAAGAAGAGACUCCUCAUGAGGGAGCAGGCUAUGUCCUUCUUCUAA